ACGAACGGUGCAAACAAUAACAAAAAAAAAAAAAAAAUAAGAAAAAGAAGGAAGGAUGGAAAGAAAUAAUUAAAAAAAAAUAAUUAAAUAAUAAUAAUUAUAAUAAUUAAGAAUAAGAUGAAAAUAUUGUGACCAUGCGUAAUUCUCAUUAGCUUUAUUAUAACUUAUCAAAUCGAUUAUUAACGAUUAAAGACAAAAUAAAAAAGAAAACGAAAAAAAACGAAAAGAGAAAAGAGAAAAAUACAGAGAAAGAGAGAGAGAGAGAGAGAGAGAGAGAGAGAGAGAGAGAAACAUAGAGAGAGAGAGAGAUAAUAUGAUAUUGAUAAAAAUGCAAAGUUCGACGAAGACAAGGUUAGAAAGUGAUAAAAUUGAAAGAUCGAUGAGAUCUAUGGAUUUCUUAUCGAUAUCUCGACGAUGAAAGAAAAAGAAAAGGAAGAAGGAGGAAGGAAAGAGAAGACAAGAGAAAAAAAUUUGAUUUUCACAAACGUUCUAUGAUUUACGAAUGAUCUUAUGAUCUACGAUGAUUUAUAACGUGAUAUAUACGUUCGAUCGAGCAGGACAUUAAUAACAACGAACGUUUUUUGAUUUAAAAGAAAAAAAAGAAAAAAAAUCGUUAUCUUUAUCUAUCCAUCUAUCUAUCUAUCUAUCUAUCCAUCUAUCUAUCUAUCUAUCUAUCUAUCUAUCUAUCUAUCUAUCUCUCUUUCUCUUUAUUUAGCUUUUAUUUAUCUAUCUAUUCAUCUAACUCCUGCUAUCUCUUUUUAUCGAUGGUAAAAGAAUACGAACGUUGGUAAAGAUAAAUUUCUCUUUUUUUUUUUUUUCUAUCUUUCUUUCCAUCUUUUUAUUUCUCCUUUUUCCUUUUUCUUUUUCUUUUUCUUUUUCUUUUGUUAGUAUCAAUUAAAUUCCAUCGAGGUUUGAUUAUUAGACCGUGGAAUAACAUGGGUCAGAAAGUUUCGUCGUUUCUCGACGAUUAAUUUUCUUAUCGAUCGAUCUAUCCAUCGAAUAAUAAGAUCGAUAAAAUUGCACUUUUUUUACUUAUUUCGAUAAAAAGAGAUAAUAAAUAAAAGAGGAAAAGAACAAAAAAAAAAAAAACAAAAAAAAGGAAGAAAAACAACAAAUACACAUAUAUUUAUAUUAUAAGUACGUACAUAGAAAUCGAUUGAAAUAUUUCAAUAGUAAAUUAGUACGAAGCUUUAGAUCGUGUAAUUCUAGGGAAUUUUUUUUUUGUUUUAAUUAUUUAUCUAUUUGUUGAUUUGUUUACUCGUUCAUUCGUUAUUUUUUCUUCUUCUUUAAGAGAGACUUCUUUCGUUUCUCUUUCUUUUCUUUUUCACUUUCUCCUUCUCCAUUUUUCUCUUCUCGUUUUUUCUUUUUUUCUAUUUUUUUUUUUAUUUUCCUUCUUCUUCUUCUUCUUCUUCUUCGCGGAGAUGACGUGGAUAAUGUUCGUUAUGUCACACGACGAUCGGAGAAGAACUAGUCCGUAAGAAGAUCAGAUAAUGACGGAGUCUCCAACACCAUCGACGAGCAAAUGCCACGACGAUAAAUCCGAUAAAUCCGAGAAGGUGGUUUUUCUGCAAAUUCAGGAUAUAAACUGUCAGGUAGCACAAUUUCGUGAUCUCCUUAUAAACGUCGGCCAACCACGUGACUGUCCAGAAUUACGGGAGAAAAUUCGAAAAUUGCGAAGAAGCUGCGUUGAAGCUUGCAAGGGAACAUCUCAACUUGUCCUGCCUCAAGUACGAAGCGCGAUGGAUGUUGGAAUACCAGCGGAUAGUCCAAAUUUGGUCCUAUUAUUCUUCGUAACGCAAUUGUUCCUUCGUGAAUUGUCGAAGAGUAAAAAUCUGAUAAGAAUUGUACCGAUGGAUAUGUCUGGAUAUUUUGAGAGCAGAGCGGGACCGUCGAAUAUAGGCAACGUUAUCUCUCAGAUCCUGUUAUGCAAGCAGAUCACGCCCGACUUCAACGAGGAGGAAUUGUGCAGCAUCAAAAAGGAUUCCGAAGAGAUAGGUGCACUGAUCGCUGAGUUACAGGAAUUCAUGCCCCAAUCCGAGGCUGAUACAGAAAAAUGUGUGGCCCUACAGGAAGCCGGAAAUCGCGUAACUCGUAACAAUGGCGGACGAAAAGUGAAUCGAUGGAAUACUAGCAACAGAUCGCGACAAUCCUCCUACUGUCGCUGUGGUUUCAAGUUUCUCUGUUGUACCGCCAGAACGAAUUACAUUUGAGAUUUGCAGAAUGGGUUGUAGCAGUGAAGGGCUUCCACCUGAAGAACUAUCGAAGAAGAAGAAAAAAGUAGUAGAAGCAAUCAACUCUCGUUCAAUUUAAUUUAAUUUCUUUUUCAUUUUCUUUCCUUUUUUUUUUUUUUUUCUUUCUUUUUCUUUCUUUUCUCCUAUUCUUUCAUAUCCUUCAUUCACUCUUCGCGAGUGCAUUUCUCGCUUCAUAUUUUUUAUAUGUUUAUUUAUUUCAAAAAUUAAAUCCAAAAAUCUUUUACAAAUUCAUGUUUUACGUUUCUUUAUCUUUCAUUUACACAACAAAACUUUGUAUCACCAAAAUAAUUCUACAUCUCUAUCGUAUAUCUUUCUAAUAUUUCAAUGAAUUUAUUAUCUUUUUCUUUUAUUUCCUCUUCUUCUUAAUUAUAUGUAUUUUUAACUAAUAUAUAAGAACAGUCGAUCGUUUAAUUAUUAAUGAAUAUUUAAUAAUGUACAUUAUAUGUAAGUACAUAUAUAUUUGAAAAUUCGCGCGAUCGCCAUCUUGAUUUAUAUUAUCAAGCGACCGACCAAUGAGAAACGAUUUCGAUCUAAUUCUUAAAAUAUAGAAAGUAUGCCGCACUGAAUUUCCCUGAUUUAGAUCUAUAUCGAUAUUUAUUUUUCGAAUCUUUCAAUGAAUUUAUUAUAUUUCUAUUAAUAUCUUUCUAAUUUAUAUAUGAAAACAGUUAAUGGAUUUUAAAUAAUAUUUGCUAUAUAUAAGUACGUGCUUGAAAAUUCGCGCGAUUAUCAUCUUGGUUUUGUAUUAUCGAUCGACCGACCAAUGAGAAACGAUCUCGAUAUAACCCCUAAAUUAAAUGAAAAUAUGUCGCACACGACGCGUUUCCUGAAUUAUUCGAUACGUUAAUAAGUUAAUAAGUUGAUGAUUUAGAAAACGAGAGUAUGGCCUUUGAUAAAGAAAAAUAGAAGAAAAAGAAAGGAAAAAAGCGAGGAUCUCCCGUUAAAAAUAAUCUUUGGAUAUAAGUGUGUCUAAAGAGAAAAAGCAAAUGAUAAAACAAAGAAAUGAAAGAAUGUAAAGAAGAGGUGUUAAUGAUUAAUCGUUGAAAUUGUCAAGUGAAAAAAAAAGAAAAAAAAACAAAAUCUCUUAAUUUAUGCGAGUAUAGUAAUAGUAAUAAUAGACAAUUAUUAUCGAUCGAUAUAUUAAAACAAACGCGUUAUAUCUAUGUACGAUAUAAUU